CAUACAAAGCCUGUCCUCUGCGUAGAUGCUACUGAAGAACUAUUAUUUACUGGAUCAAAAGAUCGUACUUGCAAGCUAUGGAACCUGGUCACUGGUCAAGAGAUUGCUUCACUCCGUGGCCAUCCUCACAAUGUGGUAUCAGUGAAACAUUGUUCUAACUCGGGAUUGAUACUCACUGCAUCUGCCUCCUGUGUACGUGUUUGGGACAUCCGUGACUCUGCUCGCUGUGUGAGGAUAUUGAUGUCUUCGGGUCAAGUUGUCUCUGGAGAUCCAUGUUCAGGUUUGAGUCUACGUCCUGUUACAAGUCCAGCCGAGCUUCCGAUUAAUCAGAUUGCUCUGAAUCUUGAUGGGACAACUCUCUAUGUAGCAGCCGGUAAUGCAGUUAAAGUGUGGGACCUGGGAAGGUUGCAGCUCAUGGGGAAACUAGCCGGGCACAUGGCACCAAUCAUGUGCUUAACAGUCAGUAGCACAGCAAAUAAACAGGAUUUAGUUAUUACUGGAUCCAAAGAUCAUUAUGUGAAGAUGUUUGUCUUACCAUCUGGGUGGGGAGGUAGCAUAUCGCCUACCUAUAACCUGGAACCUCCCCAUUAUGAUGGCAUUGAGUGCUUAGCGGUGCAGGAUAACAUGUUAUGCAGUGGUUCCAGAGACAAUGGUGUUAAGAAAUGGGAUAUUCUACGCCAUGAGCUCAUACAGCAAGUUCCUAAUGCACAUAGAGAUUGGGUCUGUGCUUUGGGUUUUGUAACAGGACGCCCUGUGAUGCUUAGUGGUUGCCGAGGUGGAAUUCUCAAAGUUUGGAACAUGGAGAAUUUCACAACUAUUGGAGAAGUUAAAGGUCAUGACAGUCCUAUCAGUGCAAUGUGUAACAAUAGCCGUCAUGUAUUCACGGCAUCCAGUGACUGCCGUGUCAAGCUUUGGGUUUAUGUUCCUGGUCUUACUCCGUGUCUCCCACGACGUGUUUUAGCAAUCAAGGGCCGAGCAACAAGCCUUCCCUAAUAUGUCCACCAUCUGUCACUUACUCAUCUGUCUUCCAACUAACCCUCUAUUACCAAUUAAGUUCCUGCCCCCUUUUAUCCCAUCUGUGGGGUACUCAUAAUUAAAAAGAAUAUUAAUUGAUGAGUUUUCUCAUUAUGUUUACAACUAAUUUUAUAAUUAUUUAUUAUGUAAAUUUUAAAUAUUGAGUGGACAUUGAAGCGAAGAUGGUGAGUGGAAGAGGCU